GGACGAUUUACGCUUGCUUUCUGGCACACCAUCAUCUUAGAUUGUUGGACUCCUUUGUCCUAUAAGUAUCCGUCAUUUCCCAACCUUUCCCGCCUCCGACAGCAUCCAGUCGAUUUGAGCCAAGCUACUCUCCUGUGCGCUUCCUCGUCCCCCUGUUUGUGGCCACGGACUGCCUAAAGUCCACUCGGUACUCCGUUCAUCACGACCAAUUUUUAAAUACUCGACAACCCCCGUUUAUUUGUCCUUCCUGGGCUGGCUUUUGUUGACCGUCCUGCGAAUCGGUCUGUAAUCCAGCAACACUUGCCCCUCCUACUUGUCACCAGUUGCGACGAACUGCAAUUCUUCUUCUCUGUCCUCCUAUACCGUUUUGUAACAGAUGUCGGCUUCUACCCUUUCUCCUGGAAGUGCUGCCCAUCGGGGCGCGCUACACGAUGACAGUCACUAUCACACCGAUGGCUCUAAUUUUGAUCAAUUCAUACGUUCAGCUCAUUCACCCGCGGGCGGGAAUUUAUCCGUAUUAAGUUAUUCACCUGCUCACGGAACAGCUGGAACACGCCUCCAGGUCACAUUCAACUGUAAAAAUGAUAUAGGGCUCGACGUGCGCGUGCGCCUCGUGGUCGGAAGCCUGCGAGUGACAACAAGUAUAGAUGAAUCAGAACCUCCUGGAUCUGGCAGCUGGCAGCUGGACUGCUUCAGAUGGCCCUCCUCGACGGUCCCCCUGACUAUUGAGGCAGUCGACAAAGAUAAUCGCGUCUUGGAUUGGGUCAGAUUUGGUGCAUUUACUUAUGGGGACGCUGUACUAGAAGAGUCCUUGGCUCGUCAAAAUCCGCUGAGACCAGGAUACGACUUGUCGUCGGGUAGCUGUCCGCCGCCACCAUCUCUUCGUUUGGUCACGGGGGUGGGUAGCCCGGACCGGUCAUCCAAGCGGAAGAGUCCUUACAACGUUCCGCCGACACCCAUUUCCGACUCGGACUAUUCUUCAUCGCGGUCUAAUCCUCGACCCCCUCAAUUCAUCAAUCAGCCGCCUAAUGUGCCUGGUCUGCGGCGCAUCCGGCAAGGCGCGGAGCAGAACGAGCAGAAUAGUCAGAAUGCCGUCCUCGAUAUCCUGACGCCUUUAGAGAGCCUUUGCUAUAAUUGGGACGAAUCUGAGCUGCAAGCGGGUCGUCGGCUUGUUCGGUUCCGACGGGUGCAGGACCGCAAUAGCCUUAUGGUUUCUGCGGAGUCCAUCUCACAGGCAGAUUAUAACCCCAAUGAUACUGUCGUCUCUUGCAUCUAUCGCGAGGAGACAAACAGUUUCUGCGUCACAUCUGUCGACAUCAUCCAUUUGCUGCAGCGGCUCGUCGAUGCUGAGUUUGAGGUUGACGAGAAGAACAGAAUCCGUAGGAAUCUCGAGGGUCUUAGGCCAACAACGGUGUCAAAGUCGAGACCCGGUUUCGAGUCCUUUUUCCAGCGGAUCAUGGAUUUCCCCGACCCCAAACCAAGGAAAAUUGAAAAGGACCUGAAGGUGUUCGACUGGAAGUUGCUUCCACAGGCUCUGGAUAAAAUUAUUUCGAAAUAUUCAAUGUAUACCUCCCCCCCUUCCACAAGCCCUGGCAGUAGGGAAGAUGGAUGUGAAUAUUUGGCAAGUCGCCGACAAAGCGCCGCCCCGGGCUCUUCGAAAGAUGAGCGCUUCGAGUAUCUCCCAUCAUACAACGAUGGCGGUUCAUUCACAUCGGCAACAGCGACGUGCCCUGAUUCGCACUUAGAAAUGUCGCAACUUACUCAACUAUCACCCCUGGCGCACCUCUCGCCGUUCCCCAAGGAAGAAUCAGAUGAUUCCGACCCUGCACAAGUACAUAGCAAUCUAUUCCCCGUCCAGGAGGGACCGCUUUCGCUUGUCUACAUGGACCCGCUUGGGCUCCCGAACAAUCUGGACGGAGAUAUGGCCUACGAUAUCCACUCGUCCUCGGACGACAUAUGCCACGAUGGUGCUAACGGGGACGCCGGCCUGCGGGUUGAACCGGCUCAUGAUUGGGGAACUGCCCCUCACCGGCAUAACCAUGAUGCGGACGUGAUGCUCGGUUUCUCUGUUCCCGAAUCGUCUGUCUUUCAAACAGAGACUACGCGUGCGCAACGACAUGGACACGCAUACUCCAGCACCCAAGAGCAUGCGCAAACACCUGCACAUAUCCUUGCAGACGACCAAGUAACCGCGUAUCCCUCCGUCGGUUCUGAGAUACUCUCUCUCACAGGUCAAUACGGAUUCUCGGGUGCGCACGAGUCCAUCGAUCUCUACUCUCCCAUCCGUUAUAACACGAAUCCGUACGACUCAUUUGAACUUCAACCCCGGGAGUACAGCAUGGACAUCCAUAAUGGCACGAGCGACCGUGCCGUAAGCAUGAGCAAGAUGAAUGCUGCUGCGCUGGCGGGACAGGUUGCAUUCUGAGUAUUCGGUCUCGUUUAACGUGACUACAAGCUUACACAGUGAUACCGCUUUUUCGCGACCCAUGGCCUCGUGAUAUUCACGCCUCACGCUUUCCAUGGAAAAUCCCGACAACCCAUACUGGUUACCCUAUUUCGUCGUUGGUCGAGACGCCCCAGCGACCCCGCUGCCUCUUCUCGUCCCAUUCCCCUCCCUCUGUCAUGUUCCCUCCGUUGCUGUGCUCGACUUUGCAAUCCCGUAUCAUGUAGGAAUGUAUAUCUUUGAAGAUCUGGCCUGUUGUAUGUCAUAAAACGCUGCAAUUUCCCCCGUGUCAUCCUAUAUCGUCCGUAUACUACUCUCAUAGUCUGUCUACCUAUCCGUGUACCGUUCACAAUGCCUAUCACCUGAUUUGGACUGAAUAGAUUUUGACGUAGUAGGCUUUCGUAGCUGGGUAUGGGUCUUGAAGGUGGAGUGUUUGUCAAAAAUCCAAA